GUUAGAAGCCGUAACAAAUACGGCAAGAUGUUGUAACUGGCACCUCUAUAUAAAUGGAACACCUCAGCACAGUACGAGGUUCAGUUUAUUUCCUUCUGAAGAAGAGUAAAGUGGUAGCGAUGUUUCUGUUACAUGUUUGUUUGUUAUUAACAACAUGCGUCAUCAUCGAAGCUGAUUAUAUCGGAUAUCCUCGAGAGGGCUAUGGAUACUAUCCUGGAUACGGCACAUAUAGAACUGCGUACAAGGACUACAGCGGAGAUGCCCAAGGAAAUUAUUAUGCGUAUCCAAAAUAUAACUACGACUACUCAGUAAACGAUCCCCACACUGGAGAUCACAAAACUGCGUGGGAAGUCCGUGAUGGUGACGUCGUGCGAGGUGCAUAUUCUGUUGCUGAAGCAGACGGCACUACACGCCUAGUGGAAUAUACAGCUGACAAGCUUAGUGGCUUUAAAGCUGUUGUCAAGCGCAUCGGACAGCCUUACCACACUGAAGUGUAUCCGAAGCAAUAUGAAGCCGUUCACACCUAUAGCUACCAAUAGAUGGCGUUACCAAAAACAGAGUCAUAUGAUAAGUUUUGUAUUAUACCAAUAGAUGGCGCUACAAGUAACUUUCCUGUGAUAUUGUAAAUGUCGAAAAGAAAAACAAAAACUUGUCAUGCUCUAAAUAGAUAGUUAAAUAAUUUAUUUUAAACAAAAAUAAAAAAAAUAAUGACUUA